AUGAUCAACGCAGUCCUCGUCUUCAACAACAAUGGCCAGCCACGGCUAACCAAGUUCUACACAACCUUGGAUACCCAAACCCAACAAUCACUGAUCGCCCAAAUAUACCACCUAGUCUCGCAGCGCCCAUCCAGUGCCUGCAAUUUCCUCCCCCUUCCACCACUCCUCUCCCAAGGCGCCGCCAGCUCAACCGGACCCUCCGAUGCGCCAACUCAAAUAACAUACCGCACCUACGCCACGCUCUCCUUCAUCAUGAUCUCCACCUCGACCGAGUCCCCGCUCGCCCUGAUCGAUCUAAUCCAAGUCUUCGUUGAGGCAUUGGAUCGCAUGUUUGAGAACGUUUGCGAACUAGAUCUGAUCUUUGGGUAUGAGACGAUGCAUGCGGUGCUGAGUGAGAUGAUUGUUGGCGGUGUGGUUGUCGAGACGAAUAUUGAGAAGAUUGUUGCUGGUGUACGCAGUCAGGAGGGGACGAGUGGGAAGAAGAAGGCUGUUCAGGCUGCCAGCGCAAGUCUGGGGCGUGGAGCGUUGCCGGGGUUAGGGGCUUGGCGGUGA